AUGAGGUCCAAAAGCAGCGGGGUGGAGAGCCCGACCAAUGGGGUGCUUGGGGUUCCACAGGGUGACCCCGACAUCAGCCAAGAACAGGAAGUGGGUCUGCCCGUGAAGAGCCUGAAGGCCAAAGUUCAGCAGAAGGACGGUGAAGAGAAUUUGGAGGUGGAGGUGAUCUCUGACAAAGAGAAGCUCCUCCUUGAUUCCUCUGAGGUGGGAGAAAAAAGAGGAGACAUCAUGGAUCUGUCCAAAAAGGAUCUGCUGAAACUGCUGGGGAUCAUGGAAGGAGAGGUUCAGGCCAGAGAAGAUGUUAUCAGCAUGAUGAAGUCCAAACAGACUGCCCCAGAGGAGCUGGAAUCACGUUACGGCUCUGCGGCCCCUGGUUCAGCCCUGCAGGCCCUACAGAGGGACGGCAUCGUCGCUGGCAGCGAGCCACACGACCACAGCGUUUACCAAAAGCCUAUGGUGGAGCUGGAGCGUCUGCAGGAGAAGCACAAGGAGACGUACCGGAGGAUGCUGGGUCAGUUGCUGAUGGCUGAAAAGUGCCACCGCCGCACCGUCCAUGAGCUGGACACAGAGAAACGCAAACACGUAGAUUACAUGAACAAGAGUGACGACUUCACCAACCUGCUGGAGCAGGAGAGAGAAAGGCUGAAGAGAUUGCUUGAGAACGAGAAAUCCUACCAGGUAAGAAAGGAGAAGGAGCACUCUAAACGCCUGGCCAAGGUGCGAGAGGAGCUGGUUAAGCUAAAGUCCUUUGCCCUGAUGUUGGUCAAUGAGCGGCAGCAGCACCUGGAGCAAAUGGACCAACAGAGCCAGCGUGCCCAGGAACUCAGCCAGCAGCUCCAGCAGUGGGAACAGGCACUGAGUGAAGCCAGGGAGCGUGCUCAGGAGGAUGGCCACAGGGUGCUGAGCCUGGAAGCUGAGCUUAAAGAGAAAUCUGCCAAGCUUACCCAACAACACGAAGAAAUGAAUGCCAAGCUGGCCAGUCAGGAGAUAAACAACCGUCAACUUAAUGCCAAACUUUUAGGGCUUACGCAUAAAGUGGAGGAGCUAGAGGAUAGCAACAGGGCCUUGAAGAAAUCUGAGGAGGAGCUGCAGGAGCUGAGGGAAAAGAUCAGCAAAGGCGAGUGCGGAAACUCAAACUUAAUUACUGAGUUGGAGAAAUUGCGGAAACGGGUAAUGGAGAUGGAGGGGAAGGAUGAGGAAAUCACCAAGACUGAAAAUCAGUGUAAGGAGCUCAGAAAGAGGCUACAAGAGGAGGAUGGUAAGAGCAAAGACCUAAGGCAGGAAGUGGAGAAGCUCCAGAAAAGAAUGAUGGAGUUAGAGAAACUUGAAGGUGCCUUCAGCAUAAGCAAGGCCGAGUGUGCACAGUUACACACUGCUCUUGAGACGGAGAAGGGCCUCACAAAAGAACUCUCAGACGAAGUUGUCGCUCUCAGGAUCCGUAUGAAAGAGGUCGAGUCUUCUGAACUCAAGUUAGAAAAGUCCGAACUGAGCCUCAAGGAUGACUUGAGUAAGCUAAAAUCUUUGACUGUUGCUUUAAUGGAAGAACGAAAGACCCUGAUGGAAAGAACAAAGUCAGACGAGAAGAAAAAGGAGGAUUUGAAUAAGAUGGUCACAGUUGAGCAGGGUAAAGUUAUGGAGGUCACUGAGAAAUUGAUAGAGGAAAGCAAAAAGCUCUUGAAGUUGAAAUCAGAGAUGGAAACCAAAGUGGAGACUCUAACCAUUGAAAAGGGGGAGCUUAGCACUCAGCUAGCCUAUGAAAUUGAUAAAACUAAGGAUCUUAGUUCCAAGGUCAGUCAAAUGAAAAAGAGGUUAGAUGGGUUCGAGCAAGCAGAACAGCUAUCAGUGAAGAAUUCAGUGAAAUGUGAACUGGGAAGAAUGUCUGAUACCAUCAAAAGAGAAGACAACAAAGUUAAGGAGCUGACAUUUGAAAUUGAACGCCUGAAAAAUCGUCUCAAACAACUUGAAGUCGUUGAGGGAGAUCUGAUCAAGACAGAGGACCAGUACGACAUGUUGGAGAAAAAGUUUAUGACUGAACAAGACAAAGCCAAUGUUCUUUCCCAGCAAGUGGAAGAAAUGAGGGGUCAAAUAGCACGGAACAAAGCAAUCGAGAAAGGAGAGGAGGAAAGCCAGGAAGCAGACCUACGACAGCGAUGCAAGAGGGAGGAGGUUAAAACCAGGGAACUUCAGGCAGACGUUGUAGCCCUCAAAGAGAAGAUCCAUGAACUGAUGAACAAGGAAGACCAACUUUCUCAGCUCCAAGUGGAUUACUCUGUCCUGCAGCAGAGGUUCUUGGAAGAGGAGGAGAGAGCCAAGAACAUGGGCACAGAAGUUUUCCAUCUCACCAAAGAAUUGGAGAUAGCAAAGCGUCAAAGUCGAGCCCUAAGGCCAAGUUUGAAUGGGAGGAGAAUGGUGGACGUUGCUGUGACAUCCACUGGAGUUCAGACGGAGGCGUCGUCCACUGGACCAGCAGAGGAGGAUACCCCAGCUGUGUUCAUCAGGAAGUCUGUUCAAGAAGAGAAUCAUAUAAUGAACAACAUCAGACAAAAAUGCCUGAAGAAGCCAGUAGAUAAGAGUGGUGUUGAGCGUUCCCCUUCAUCUAGCAGCGACUUGGGUGUGAAGAAAUCCUGGAUUCCCUGGAUGAGGAAAAAGGACAACACCCCUCAAGAGACCAACUUGGGGAAGCAUCUGCACAUUAACGGAGGUCAUCUGUCUUCUGAGCUGACCAUGUCCCAAAAGCAAGGGCAGCCUUUACACAUCCGUGUAACACCGGACCACCAAAACAACAUGCACACUCUUGAGAUCAGCAGUCCCACCGCUGAGGACGCUUUCUCUCGCUCGGCUCCCCUCAGUCCAAACCCAUCGCAACCUAAAUCCAGAAUCACAAUCAUUCCAACAUACUCUGCUCCAACCCACAAAAAAAAGUCCACCACUGGACCUCAUGGGCCAGAAAGAUCCAAGUCUCCAGUCACCAUCACAACGAUAUCCAGAGCCAAGUCUCCAGAAAGCAGCCGAUCCCCCUCCACUGGCUUAGGAAGGCCCUUGUCCCCUGUCUCUAUUAUGACAGUGAGCACUGCUAUAGUGCCAGAAGCAUCUGCCUCCCCAGAACCCCAGGAGAUGACUAUGGGCCGUGCUGUGUUCAAGGUUACCCCCGAGAAGCAGAUGGUGCCAAUGCCUAUAAGAAAGGGCCCCAACAACACCAGCAUCAUCACCACCACAGACGAUAACAAGAUCCAUAUUCAUCUAGGCAACACUAUGAGCCCAAAGAUGGUAGUCAGGCCAGUGGUUUCUACAACAGAGAGCAAGGAAAUGACCUUGUCAACUGGGACAGUUUUACGCUCCCCCCGCCAGAUCACCACCACUGCUACCAGGAGCACACAGAGCAAAGUGAUGAGCACCAUCACAAUUUCCCCUGUUACAUCCACCACCUCCAGACCCACACAGAGCAUGACUGGGCACGACGCCCAGCCACCUCGCACAGGACUGACCCGCAUCCCAAUGUCCAAGAGCCUGAAGACAGGGAAAGCUGUGCUGGGAUCCCUGGGGAUUUCGGGUGGAGUGAAACUGGAAUCCCGUGCUGAGAGUCAGUCGAUGAGGAUAGAAGUUAAAAAAUCCACUGUGAAUAACAAUACUUUACAAAAUGGUGGGAAAGCCUGAUUGGUAGAAUAGUACCAAUGAAACACUCAAAUAUAUCUAAAUAUGGUGCUUUAGAAACAUUAAAACAAUACCCACAGAAAAGUCAGCUAGAUAUUGCAAGACCUUUUUUUUUGUAAUUAAAUAAGCCAUUUUUAAUUUUUGUAAAGUCAUUUGUACUUGUUUCUCUUAUGCAUUUCUGCCAUUUAGAAAAAACAUAUUCUCUGUAUUUGCAGUGUGAAUUGUGAUGGAUUAAAUAUUAUAUCAGGCCGUGCUGCUACUAACAGUGUCUUGCUUUGAGUGGUUGUUUCACAUAUAUGGAGUUUGUUGAUAAUAUUUUAUAAGGUCACUUUAUGAGUAAAAAUAUUUGUUUUCUUGUAAAUUAUUAUUUUUUUCUGUAAAAGAUUUGUACUGAAAUGUAUUUUAAAUAAAUGUAAUUUCAAAGGG